AUGAGCACUGUGGAGAUACCAGCCGGGCUGAGGGAGCUGCUGCAGGGCUACACGGUGGAGGUGCUGCGUCGCAGGCCUCCCAACCUGGUGGAAUUUGCUGUGCAGCAUUUCACACAGAUUCUGGAGAGCCAAAGGAACGACCAGCGAGCCAAGAAACGCAGCAACAGGCCUGCACGCAAAGGAGUCACUUUUGAAACCAAGUCAGACAACAAGUCCAACAAAGACGAUGAAGAGGAGCAGGAGGAGGAGGAGGAAGAGGACACUUCCACCACCGGGAAAUACAACCGCAGAGUCUCAGUUUGUGCAGAGGCGUACAACCCCGACGACGAUGAGGACGAUGACACAGAGCCUCGGGUCGUUCAUCCCAAAACAGACGAGCAGCGGCGCCGGCUCCAGGACGCAUGCAGAGAUAUUCUACUGUUUAAAACACUGGACCCGGAGCAGUUCUCUGAGGUUUUGGACGCCAUGUUCGAGGUGUUGGUCAAACCUCAGGAGCACAUCAUAGACCAAGGAGACGACGGAGACAACUUCUACGUGAUAGAGAAAGGUGUGUACGACAUUCUCGUGCAGAAGGACGGAGCGAGCAUUUGUGUCGGAAAGUACGACAACAAGGGCAGCUUCGGAGAGCUGGCCCUCAUGUACAACACGCCGCGAGCUGCCACCAUCGUCGCCACGCAGGACGGCGCCUUGUGGGGCCUGGAUCGAGCCACGUUCCACAGACUGAUUGUGAAAAACAACGCCAAGAAGAGGAGGAUGUACGAGGCCUUCAUCGAGUGUGUUCCUCUGCUGAAGUCUCUCGAGCUCUCAGAGAGGAUGAAGAUUGUGGACAUUUUGGGAGCCCGAGCGUACAAAGAUGGAGAUCGACUUAUAACACAGGGUGAGAAGGCCGACUGUUUCUUCAUUGUGGAAUCAGGAGAGGUGAAGAUUAUGAUCAAAAGCAAAACGAAGGCGGGUCAGCAGGACAACACAGAGGUGGAGGUGGCUCGAUGCUCCAGAGGGCAGUACUUUGGAGAGCUGGCGCUGGUCACCAACAAGCCUCGGGCAGCGUCGGUCUACGCCGUGGGAGACACCAAGUGUUUAGUCAUUGACAUCCGGGCCUUUGAGCGUCUGCUGGGACCCUGCAUGGACAUCAUGAAGAGGAACAUCUCCCAGUAUGAGGACCAGCUGGUGGCGCUGUUUGGCUCCAGUGAUGAUUUGAAACAUUAG